AAUGGCCGAAAAACGUUUCCGUAGUGACGCACUACAGUGAGCGAUAACAUUUAAUCUUUACCAGUACAUGUACUUAAACUGAUCUCUGAUCUCUACUGAUCAAAAUGCUUGGGAAAUUCACCAUCAUUUUUGUGAUUCUGUAUGCUGCAAAAGAAGUGAGUGCCAUUGUUUUCAAAGACUGUGGUUCCGUUUCCGGAAAGGUCUUGUCCUUAAAUGUAUCUGGCUGCACCGUAGAACCUUGCAUUUUUUACUCGGAGACCAACGAAACGUUAAAUGCGACCUACAUAUCCUCUGUCAACGCCUCAGCUCCAACAACUUUUGUGACGGGAAUCAUAGGUGGCGUCCCAAUUCCAUUUCCGGCGGAGAAAAACACCUGUGUUAAUCAGACAAAAUGUCCCAUCAAAGCAGGACAACAGAGUACUUUUACAAUUACGGUGGAUGUUUUGAAAUCCUAUCCUCACAUAAGUCUGUUGGUUAAAGCGGAGGUCCGUGACGACAAUGGAAAAGACAUCAUGUGUUUUGUGUUUCCUGCAGAAAUAAAGCCAAAACCUUAAUAAUUA